AUGGAGGCCGUAAGGAAUGGAUGGGUUAGUGAUUUCUGGUCUGAUCUAUUGAGUACUCUAACAAAUGAAAAGGAAGUCGAUGCACACCCUAUUCGUGCUAUAAAGUUUUCUGUCUCACCUGUUGUGCGUGUUGCUGUUCAGUGCAAGGUUGCUUCAGGUCUUCCUAAGCCUGUUGAAGGUCUCAAGCGUCUUGCUAAGCCUAAUCCUAUGUUUGUUUGUACCAUUGAGGAGUCUGGAGAACACAUUGUUGCUGGUGCAGGAGAGCUUCAUCUAGAAAUCUGUUUGAAGGACUUGCAGGUUGAUUUCAUGGGUGGGGCUGAAAUUGUCAAAUCCGACCCUGUUGUGUCAUUCAGAGAGACUGUUCUUGAGAGGUCAUGCCGCACAGUGAUGAGCAAAUCUCCCAAGUUCGCCAUUUUCCCUUGCAAGCAGUAA